AUGAAUAAUUAUACAAUUAUUAGUCCAAAUAGAGGAUUUCAACUCAAAACACAAUCACAAAUUCAAAAUUAUGAUCAACAAAAACUUAGACAAAUAAUACUAAAGGAAUUUUUAUAAGGAAGAUUAUUAUCUCAGAAUGUUUCCAAUUUAAUAUUGCUCCAAACACCCGAUUAACUAUAUUCAGAAAUAGUGUUAUUAUGGUAUCUGAGAAAGGAAAUCUCAUAAGUUGAAGCUCAACAAUUUAUAAGCAGAAGUGAUCCUAACUUAUUUCCUUUCUAAUUCAUGUCAUUUUUAGUGAAUCCCUAAAUUAAAUUUCCUCUUCUUAAUCUAAUCUUUAGUGCAUAAAAUAGUUAAUUCCUGAAUUCAUCCCUAGAUAUCGUGUUGAUGAAUUAUUAAACUAAAAAGGAAGUGCUAUCGGUUUCACUAAGUUUUGAUGAAUAAAUACAAUAACAUGAGCUCGAUUUGAUAUUACAAUACUAUCCUAAAUUGAGCCUCUUGGUAUCUUAUCAUUUAAGAAUCAAUCCAAAAUUUGAAGAUUUGAGCAUCUUUGAUACAAAUUUAAUAGCGUUUACCAUUAAAAGAUCAUAAACAAUUAACAAAGGCAUCGAGGCUCUCCUAAAUUACCUAUUGGAAUGCGAUGAUAAGAAAAGCAUAGUAGAUAUAUUAAUUUAGUUGAACUUUUAAAAUGACACCGUUCUGAACUUAGGAAUAUUAAAAUCUCCUGAAGAAGUUUAAUUCAAAGAAGAAUAUAUAUUUUUUGAGAAAUGGACACAAACUAAAAGUUUUAAUGAAAAAAUAUGGGGCAGAUUCACUUCUUUAGUCAAUCAAAAAAUGAUCAAACUUGAUAAUUAAGAAUUCACUGUCAAUAAUCUGAACUUUGCUCAGCCACUCCUCAUUAAAGCUCUAUUCUCUUUAGUAAAAAGACACACAAGCAAUUUCAUCAUUGAGAAUGCUAUCAAUAAGGAAAUCAAGAUGAAAUAAAAUCUAUUUCUAGAUUAUCCAGAAUUCUUUAAAGUGUUUUUUAUUGAUUACUCUUCACUCCUAGAUCCAAAUUACAACAUGUUAAUUUUAGAUUCUUUAAAUGUCAUACUUACCCAUAUUGAAAGAACUACAAAAUAACCAAUUAUAUAGCAUUUAAAAUUACUUCUGUGUUAAUUUUUAGUACAAUGUAUAUCAAAAAUGGUGGAUCCUUAAAAGAUAGAGAUUAGCAUAUAUUAAUUUAUUCAAUAAUUGCUUGCUAAAGAUAAGAAUUUGAACUUCCAAUUUGCUGCAACCCUGAAGUUGGAUUAAAUCGAAAAAGCAGUAAAACACAUUGAUUGCCUGUUUCUACUGCUAUCUGAUUUAGAUCUGCUUUCAUAGAAGUUGCAUGACAAAGAGCGCUUUUACUUAUUUUGUAAAUGCCUUUAACAAAAACAUAAGAGUGAUCUCUUAGAAAAACCGUUAGAAAGUUAUUAAAAUGAAAGAUAGCAGAAGCACAAAUAUAAUACGAAUUUAAUAAUGAAAAAGAAGGAGGAGAGAGUGAUUGCGCAGUUAUUUUGA